AUGGAUUCAGACACACUCAAACGGUCCCUCUCGGACCUCGUGGUCAGGUCACAACCAUACAUCGACCAAGCCAGCACACAGCUUCGAAAGUCCCGUCAACACUGCUCGUCGUUUCUGAAAACUGCCCAACAAGACCUCGACAUCCUGUCACGGGAACCGCAUUUGAAAACAGUUGUCUCUGCCUUGAUUCUCCUUGUUUUCGUCACCGUGGCUCUGUCCCGCUACCUAUACCGUCGCCACCUCGCAUCUCCCAGUACCACGCGGCCGUCGACGCCGACAAUCGAAAAGGCGCCCUCCUCCAAAGCGGCGGCGCCAGCCCGCAAGCCAGGCACAUGGAUCCCGUCGUCGUUCAAGCGGCCCACUCCGGCGCCCUUUCCAAACUGGUCGAUCGAAACAACCAAGCCUCUGCCCUACCGGCCAUUCCGAUAUGGGCCGAAAUACUUUGUGACCAUGGGCCUCCGCAACGUGAAAUGGGACGACUGGAUCGAGCUGGACAACCACUACCCACGGUUCCACGCCGACAAGGCACGACGGAUCAAGGAGCGCGGGCCCAAAUGUUGCAGGACGGCGCCCGAAGCGUACCCGGCGGCGGUGGAGCUGCUCGAAGAACUGCGGGAGUACCUGUGUGACCGUUACCCGACGCUGUACCAACGCACUGACAAGGGGGUCAAGAACCUCUGGUCGGGCGAGGAACUGGAUACGACGUCGCGGCCUUUGCCCGAGGACCCGAUGCAGACGUGCGCGCGACUGACGCAGGACGACCUGGCCAUCAUGAUCGAGCGGGCGGACGGCCAGUACUACCUGUUGGCGGGCGCUAUCCUCCUAGCCGGGUUCUGGCGGCUGGAAGACAAAUACGGGAUGCCGCUGUCGGAGAUCCACACGAGCGGCGAGGUGCCGCAGUUCCGCGAGAAGCUGGAGAAGGGCAUGUUGAACUUCUUUCGGCGGCUGAAGCCCGAGGAACUGAUCUCGCGCAACAACUACUUCCUGCAGGUCGACGAGGACCUGGCAUGGUCGCAAUCGAUCGGCUCCGAGGAUUCAGACGGCAUCAGCUGGAACACGGCGGAGAAGAACCGGGCCAUCGAGCACCACUACUUCCGCUCUGAACGGCAGGCCUUGCGCCGCCUGCCCAAGUCUGGAGGGGUCGUCUUCUCCAUCCGCACCUACUUCCACCCCAUCACCGAAAUCGCCGAGGAAGACUACGUGCCUGGUCGUCUGGCCAGCGCUGUCCGGUCCUGGGGCGACGAUGUCAGCCGAUACAAGGGCAAGGCAAAGUACGAAGAUGUCUUGCUGGAGUAUUUGGACAAGAAGCAUCAAGAGCAGCUUGACCGAGGCCUGAAACUCGACGAGGAGGAUGAGAAGAGGACUUAUCCGUGGUAG